AUUUUUCCAAGCAAAUUAAUAUGUUUGUACAAUGUACUAGAUAAUGUUGUGACUUGUCGAUAAUGGAUAUGUCAUUGAAGGCAGGUAGGAAGGCAGGGUAGACACUCCUUGCCAGAAAACAGAAUUAGUUAACAUUUAGGUUCCAUCUUUAAAAAUUAUUAAAUAUUUCUUGAGGUUGCUGCAUAGAUGUUGUGAAAUGUUUGUUAUUAUUUCUUUUUCUUCCUUCAGUGGAAGAAGUAACUUUGUUAGGAAGAGAGAAACCUACAAAGAAGGAUGAGAUACUCUCCCAUAAAACAGAAGGAUAAAUAUGAAAGAGAAGGGGAAAAGAAAAAAGUCGUUGGAGCAAUAAUGCUGCCUGAUGUUUUUGCAUGUUACUCAGACACACCUUCAAAUGAACCAUGAGUAUGCCAAGAGUGAAGCUUUAAACUCUGUCCAAUCUCAUACAAACUCUGGAGGCAACCAAACAUCCUUAAAAUGCCAACAUUCCUCCGCUGCUAAAUACAACAUACUGCUGCAAAGACUGCAUAUUGCCACAGAAAUUGACAUCUUUACUCUUAUUCAAACCUUUGUUCCUUGUCAAGAGAAACGUCUUCAAGGUCAUAUGACACGCACAUUGUUCACCAAAGAGGGAUAUGACAUCAGCUUCCUCGUAACAAAUUACCAUUGCGAGGAGAUGCAGAAGCACAAACUCAUAGAUUUUAUAGUGCAAUUUAUGGAGGAUAUUGAUAAAGAGAUAAGCGAACUUAAAGUGUCAGUAAACACACGAGGGAGGCUGGUAGCUGCAGAGUUUCUGAAGCAAUUUAUCUGAUGAAGAUGGUUAUGAUUUUGGCAUCUGUGCAGAAUUUUAUUUGCAAGGUUCAAGCAGAAUCUAUUGAGGGGAAAAACCGGAGAGCAAUUACUUUAUACGUUUCUUCUAUCAAAUCUGGUUUCUUCAUUCGGCGUCCAGAAGAGAUGGGAUCGAUUAGUCCAAGUUUAAGAGAAACGUGUGUGUGUGUGUGUGUGUGUGUUAAAUCGAUGUAUACACAAGUAUAUAUAAUUGGCAUGGCAAAAUUAAUAAUUUAAAUUUAAAUGUUAA